AUGUUGUUGCAGAAUCUCCCACCUGAGGUGCUGGUCAGAAUUGUCAACAAUCUCCCUGCCGUGGAUGAUGUUGUGGCCCUAUCGCGGCAAAGUCGUGGACUGCAUAGUAUGAAUGAGGUGUCCAAUCAGCAGAAGUAUCACAAAUUGCAGUUGGGUCGAGAAAGGCGUGAACAGAAGUUUACAGACCAGCUUCAAGCCAUACAGGAUAUGUUGCUCGAAAUGUUGGCCGAUCCCUCUCUUGCAGACUACCUGCACCAUCUGGUCAUGCACGGAAGUGAUAUGAGCCCGGGUGCGUAUGGUCGCUCCUCCGAACCUAUCCCUCAACGCCCAUUUUCUCCGGAAAAUAUCGACAGACUCAAACAGGCCAUCCAUAAGGCCGGCAUUCAAGAAAAUCAGGACCGGGAAUCUAUGUUGUCUAGCAUUCUGCAGGAUCCAACCCACUUCAGGAAUGAUGGCAGCCCAGAACCAGUCGAGUUCAAGGAUGCGCUUGUUACACUGCUAGUUGCCAACGCCCCCAAUCUUCAAUCAUUGUCCAUGUUCCCCCUGCAUGGGGCCAAAAAUAGGCUUAUGGCACUACUACAUCGAGCCUCUAACGCACCUAGCCCAGUUCCCUACUGCCAAAAUCUACGAAAAGUCAACUUCCACCCAGAUGAUUCUCUAAAUGAGGGCACCGAAUAUGUGCCAGAGCCAUACUACCAUCGCCUGAAUUUAGUUCGAAAACUCCCCGCUAUUGAGUCUGUCGUUUUCAAGUUAGCAGCAUGGGACAAUAAUGCAGGCGUUCCUCUCCCGCCGCGCUGCGCCAACUAUAGCAAAAUCAGCAUUACGCACUCUUUCUUGCUUGAAUCUGAUCUUUGUCGAAUUAUUGAGUCGCCUAGAACACUGAAGAGUUUCACAUUUACUGUGGGCGGGCGCAAGGAUCCGGAGGGAGGACCGCAAACCCUAAGUGCAACUCCGCUACUUAGAUCCCUCUGGUCCCACCGAGAGACUCUGGAAGAGCUAGAUCUGAAUGUGGAAAGUCAUGCAGAUCGGCACGAGUUUUACAAUCCUGCUUUUCGGCCGAGGGAGGACGACGGCAUCACAGAGGACGACCAGGAAGACUACGAGGAAGAGUACGCCGAUGAGCUCCGCGAACUGGCCAUGCAAGACCCGGAAACUCCGCCAUCCUGCAUCUCGUUGAAAGAUUUCCCGCGACUGAAACACCUUAGCGUAGGCGUCCACACUCUGUGUUAUUUUGCACGGGGCGUUGGAUUCGGCGAGAACCGAUUCGCUAAUGGACGAAUUGGUGCCGAGGCCUUCAAUCUCGCCGAAAAUUUGCCGCCUAACCUCGAAUCUCUUCGUAUUUAUGGACGAGGAGAGGAAACAGAGUAUAAAUACUUCGAUUUCGAACCUGAUCUGGAUAUUGAUGCUCAACUUGACCAAUUAAUGCGCGAGAAGGACGCAAGAUCCUUAGAGAUUCUCGGGGGUGUUGAUAUCCCUAUCCCAAAUGGGAAGACUGUGCAUAACAGCGCAGACGAUAAUGAUUUGUCGCUGUACUGGAAAGAUCCAGAUGAUGAUAGAUUUGCCAACUGGGAGGAGGAUUUAGAGACGGUGAGAGCCGGAUGCUAG